AUGGCCUCCCUCCAAAACAAAGUGAUUGCCAUUACGGGUACCGGCUCAGGCAUUGGUCAGGCCACAGCUCUGGAGUGUGCUGCUCGCGGUGCUUCUCUGGCCAUCUCGGACAUCAACGAGGCUGGCCUUGCUGCCACAGUCGCUGCUCUCAAGGAAAAGGGCGCGACCGCCGUCAUCAGCCAGAUCUUGAAUGUCACAAAGUCGGACGACGUCGAUGCCUGGAUCAAGGAAGUCGUCGACUAUUAUGGCCGCCUCGAUGGCGCUGCCAACGUUGCUGGUGUCAUCGGGCCGCCCGGUGGGUCGGUGUUUGCCAACAUUGUUGACAUCUCCAACGACCACUGGGAUGCCAUCCUGGGCAUUAACUUGACCGGCCUCUUUUACUGCCUCCGCGCCGAGUUGCGGGCCAUGACGGCCGGUGCCUCCGUCCUGAACGUCGCUAGCAUGGCCGGUGUCAUGGGUCGCCCCGGCAUUGCCGCCUACAGCACCAGCAAGCACGGCAUCGUGGGCCUGACGCGGAGUGCCGCCAAAGAGGUGGGUGAGCGCGGUAUCCGGGUCAACGCGUUGGCGCCGGGCCCCGUGGACACACCAAUGCUCGACCAAGUCAAGGCGGGCGCUGGCGGCGAAGAUCGUCCCGUCACAGAGACGUACAAAAUGGUGCCGCUGCGGCGGCUGGGCACGGCCGAGAACAUGGCGCGGACGAUAGCGUUCGCACUGAGCGACGACACGGCGUACACGAAUGGAGCCAUUUUUUCGGUGGAUGGGGGUAUUGCCGGCUAG